GAGAGCACUGAGGCGAGGCUACCAAGUCUGACUACGAGAAAUAUCAAGCGGGCUGCACACUGCCGGAGAAAAGAUUUUACAUAGGAAUUUCUUUCGACGAGUCUUGUAAAUAAGAGCGAGGGAGGUUAUGUUGCCCAGUGGGCACGGCCGAGGCGGUCGAGACGUGUGAUGACGCAUUCUUUCCGAGCGGAGCCGCGCGCUGUGUAGCGGCGCGCGGCCGCCGCCGCCGCAGCCGCAGCCGCAGCCGCGCCGCCGCGCCGAGAACCACCAGUGUUGGCAAACUGAACCUGCCAGCCAUACGCCGGCAGACAGCAGCAACGACAGCCGCGGCACCCUGAAGUUAACUUAAAAAAUAUUUCCACCACUUUCGUACCUUGUUGACCGACAGCAGUGCGCUGGCCGGGUGUUUUUCCCGGUUUCUCCUAUGCGGUUGGUCGGCGCAGCUCCAGAGGCGUGAUGUGCCCUCUGACCUGCAGUGGUACCAACCUGACCGCCGGGCGCAGCGGGGAUGUCCCCGGUGCCGGGCGGGGCGGUCCACCGCGGGAUGUGUGACGGGGCAAUGUUGGCGGCGGUUGCCGUUGCCGGGCGGGCCAGCACGGGGUCACCGUUAACUGAAGAGGUCACACAAUGGAGGAUCAUUUUACGUACGGUCCUUGCAGAGGCCCGUGCGCUGUCUGCGGACAGCCUGGCGCUGUCUGCGCGCGUUGCCGUGUAGCCUUCUACUGUGGAAAGGAUCAUCAGAGAAUGCAUUGGAAACUGCACAAGCCGGUCUGCGGUUGCCUCGAGGUUCGUACUGACGAGCGUGUAGGCCGGCAUAUCGUGGCCAUCAAGGACAUCCCCGCCCGCACCAUUCUCAUGAGGGAGCUGCCGCUGGUCGUCUUUCCUUUCAACCCGACCCAGGCAUUGCUUCAACCUGAUACAGAGGACCUCGAACCCAUUGAGGGCGGGAAGGUGUGCCUUUGCGUGGCUUGCUGUAUGAAGGUUGAUAAUCCUAUCCCAUGCGUUCAUUGCGGAUGGCCACUUUGCAAACGCAGCUGCCCACAUCUUGAUCGCCACAGCACUGAAUGCGCUGCUUUCCAAAUGGGAAAAUAUAAAUAUCAUGGCGAUAUUACUUCUGUUGACACCACUGAUCUGGAUUUACUCGCCGCGAUUCGGAUUUGGUUGGCUUCUCACAAGGAAAAGGAACGCGGGCCCCGUCUCCUGAAGCUGCAGCAUGAGAUACCGGCCCCAUCAGCCAAGAAAGGAACGGUUGACGCCGCGAUGCUGAAAAAGGCUUCCGAACUCUUUUGGAAGAAGGUCUUGUCGACUGCAGUCAGAGCAUUACUCGUUAUGGGAUCCAAUGAGAGAGAAGCAAAUGAGGGCAUAAAGAGAGCCCUAGGAUCUUCACUCAUAAACUCAUUCGGGUCGAAUCAUGGAUUGAACAACCGAAAAGGAGAGUCCCCUUUCCUUUACCAGUACAGUGGAGCUGCGUUGUACGCGGGUCUUUCUCUGCUGGAGCAUUCGUGUGUGCCCAAUGCACGCACCGCUCAGGCAGACGGUGACUCGGACGCAGUCAUACUGGUUGCCUCGAGGGACAUCGCUGCCGGCGAGCACGUGACCAUCAGCUACCACGACAACCCACUGGCUAACCUGCACGAGCGCUGGGUAGACAAUGCUACAAGAGGCUUCGUGUGCCGCUGUGAGUUGUGCGAGGAUCCAACAGAAAAGGGAACAUACUUCAACGCCUGGUGCUGCACAACUUGCAAAAGAAAUGAUCGGAAGAACCUAGUGACGCUAGUCGGCGCCUUUGGAUGGCGAUGCAAGGUGUGUAAGGCGAGCGGACCGAAUCCUGAUCCAGCUGUACAGGAGCUCCAGAAGUCCUUCCGGCAUCUUCAGGUGUUGAUGGCGCUAGAUGAAAAUCCUGCUGGGGAAGGAGUCCAGCGCCUCUGGCAGGGGUACAUCGACGCUGCGCUCUGGCCGAAAGGACCGCUGCACCCGACUCACCACCUGGUGGUCAAGGCCGCGGCAGAGCUGUUGACGCUUGGCGACAACGUGUGUCCACCCAGGCAACCUGCAACCCUCAGGGAGGCAGCAUACUUGGUCGAGCACUGCAGAAAACUUCUGGAUGUCAUAGAUGUUCUCCGCCCACCUAUCAAUACCUACAGACGUGAGGUCGUCAUGUAUCUCUUCAAUUUCAACUUAGAGAAACUCCUUCUGCAUCGUGGACAAAGACAGAGCAAUACACGCACUCUCAAGUCUACAAUUGAUAAGUUGAAGAAAGAAUUAUCUGAUCUUCUCGCUGACAUUCGCCAUAUUUCUAUCAGUCAACGUGAGCUGGAGACCUGUGAAAGGCUGCAGACGCAGUUUGGUUUGGUCAGCGGAAUGGCCUCUUUGUUCAUGUAAAUUAAAGAAUUAUACUGAUAUUAUUUUAAAGGAAAAAAAUUAUGAUUAAAUAAUAGGAGUAUGCCCCGCCUCUGCGACAGCGUGAUCUAAUAAAUCCGGUAACGUCUCUAAAAA